AUGUGGCUCGAGCAAUUCGUUAACAAACGUGGUUGUCGUGCUGAUGGUAGUAGGUGUAGUCGUGAUCGUGAUUGUUGUGCUCCUUCUAAUUGUCUUCGUUACGAUUUUGGUCCUUUUGGUAUUUUUCAUCGUUAUCGUUGUGGUCUUUAUGGUUCUGGUGGUGUUUAUGUUCCUGGUCAACGUGGUAACUUUGAUCGUGGUCGUGAUGGUAGUCCUCCUCGUUGCGGCGGUGAUGGGCAUCGUUGUGGUCGUAAAUAA